AUGCCGAUCAACCAACCCUCCAACCAAAUCAAAUUCACAAAUGUGUCUGUUGUUCGUCUGAAGAAAGGAAAGAAGCGCUUUGAACUUGCUUGCUACAAGAAUAAGUUGCUAGAAUACCGAUCUGGCGCUGAAAAAGAUCUCGACAAUGUGCUCCAAGUCCCAACCGUUUUCCUCUCCGUAUCAAAAGCCCAGACAGCUCCAUCCGCUGAGCUUGCAAAGUCUUUCGGUGCAGACACACCCCGCGAUGAAAUCUUGCAAGAAAUUUUGCGCAAAGGCGAGGUGCAGGUAGGCGAGCGAGAGCGCAAAGACAUCCUCGAGCGAGUGGAAAAAGAGGUGCUUGAUAUCGUGUCUGGAAGACUGGUCGACCCGACCACCAAGCGCGUGUAUACUUCGGGUAUGAUUUCCAAGGCGUUAGACCAGUUGAGCUCGGCCAGUGGGCAGCAGCAGAGUGCAGACUCGAACACGGGCGAGGAGCAGCCCAAAAAGCCACUCUGGACCGGCGUCUCUUCCAACCGAUCUGCGAAGAGUCAGGCACUGGACGCUAUGAAGGCGCUCAUUGCCUGGCAACCCAUUCCUGUGAUGCGUGCCCGGAUGCGCUUACGGGUGACUUGCCCCGUAUCGCUCCUCAAGCAGCCGGUUAAGGCCGCGCCCAGUGCGGCAUCUGGCAAAGAGAAAGAGGCGCCCUCGGGUGGCUCCAAGUCCAACAAGAAGGGCAAAGGUGGCAAGAAGGCCGCCAAGCGAGGAGACGACUCUGAUGCCGAGGCUGCUGGUGCGUCCGACGCUGAGUCUGCUCCCAAGGCCCCGGGUACAGUCAAGGACAAGAUUUUGGCCUACAUUGAGUCAGUGGAAUCUCAGGAAGUGGUUGGUGGGGACGAAUGGGAGGUAGUUGGAUUUGCUGAGCCAGGUGCCUUCAAGGGAUUGAAUGAUCUCGUUGGCAAUGAGACGCGUGGAAGAGGACGCGUGGAGGUCUUGGAUAUGUCGGUUCGGCAUGAAGAUUAA